AUGGCUGACUCUUUAGCACAGUAUGGAAUUUACAUUGAUGAUUUGAGUAAGAUCCGUGUGUUAGAACCAGAAGUGGCGAAUCAGACGAGUAAGCUUAAAGAAGAAUGUCAAAAUUUCAUUUCGAAAAUUACUGAAUUUCAAAUGAAUUCAAAUGAAUUUAUACAAAUAAUAGAUCAAUUGGCAAAUGAUGUGGAAAAGGAAAAAAUGAAAACUAUUGGAACUCGGAACUUGCUCCGCUCCGUCGCGAAAGAAAGGGAUGCUCAAAAACAACAAAUUCAGGCACAAAUUGUUGAAAAAUCGAUGGAACUUGAAAGACUUCGUAUACAAUAUGAUUCCUUUAACAAAAUCGAAAUGGAACAGUUAGAAACUAUCGAGCAAUUAACCGUGAAUUAA